AUGGAGAAAACUGUUCGUCUUUCUUCCAGUGAUGGAACUGUCUGUCGUAUUCCACGUGACUGUGUGAAACAAUCCGCAUUGUUGGAUACAAUAAUUAAUGAUCUUAAACUGGACGAUGAUGAUGAAUCCAAAGUCAUCCCCCUUCCUAAAAUUAACUCGAGCAUCUUGAAGAAGGUGGUUCUAUAUCUUGAGCAUCACCGUCACGAUAUCGCUCCUGCUGACCAGAACGUUGAGAAGGGUAACGAAGAAAUUGGGGCUUGGGAUACUGCUUUCCUUAAAGUCGAUCAAGCUACCUUGUUCGAGCUGAUUAUGGCCGCCAACUAUAUGGAUAUCAAGGGGCUUUUGGAUGCUUCCUGUAAGGCUGUUGCUACGAUGAUUCGAGGAAAAUGUCCAGAUGAGAUCAGAAGAACUUUCAAUAUUAAGAAUGAUUUUUCGCCCGAUGAGGAGAAUCUGAUCAGAAAGGAGAAUGCCUGGUGUGAAGACUAA